AAGCAACGUUUUUGGGACACGGCCCAGCCCACCAAGCACUUAAGCACUCUCGCACUCGACGGACGCACGCAGGCGCCGCCCGACCAGGCACCCGCACGAGCGCCGCCACUCGCCGUCCGUCGCCGCGCCGGCUGCAAUCUCCGGCAGCGAGAUGUCCGAGUACCAAAAUGUCGUUGGGGGGAGGCUGAAGCUCAAGGGGAAAGCUUUGGAUGUCAAGGAAGGUGGAGUCAAGAAAAAGAAGAAGCAGCAGCACCAUGAGGACUCGUCUCAGAUUGGGCAUGAUGAACUUCAUCAAGGUGGACCGAUUUCUUCAUCGAUGGAUAAAAGAAAGGGGUCACCAUGUCAACAAGGUUACCUUGAAAGUUCUCAAGCUGGUAAAAUGAUGAGAUAUUCGAUCCCAAACCUUCCAGAGGACAUCUGGCGUCAUAUACAUUCCCUUGUGCCACUGCGUGAUGCUGCUUGUGCUUCUUGCGUGUCUCGUGCGUUUCUACAUUCCUGGAGAUGUCGUCCUAACCUCAUCUUUAAUCGGCAUACUCUUCGGUCGAAAGCACAUGUGUCUGGAGCGAAUUUGAGCCAUACACUUGACUGCAUUCUGAGAAGGCACUCGGGUGUUGGCGUGAAGACUUUGCAACUUGUAUUAAAGGAUAUUGCCAAUAAUGGCGAUCUUGACAGUUGGCUUCAGGUUGCUGCUGCACCAGGGAUUGAAGAAUUAAUACUUAUGCCAAUAUCUGAGAUGAUAAAGUACAACUUCCUGUGUUCACAUUUAUUGGAAGGGGUUAGAAACUCAAUCCGGCUUCUUACACUUGGCUAUUGUGCCUUCCGUCCCACACCUGAACUUGGCCCCUUAAGAAGCCUGACAAGUUUGUGUUUGGAUACUGUUGGUAUUACGGGGUAUGACUUGGAGUGCUUUUUUUCCCAUUCUCGUGCUUUAGAGCGGCUGGUGCUCAUGGAUUGCCAGGAAAUAAUUUGUCUAAAGAUACCUUGUGAGUUGCAGCAACUCAGCAGCCUCAGGGUUUGUGGAUGCUGGAGGCUAAAGGUGAUAGAGAGCAAAGCUCCGAAUCUCUCCAAUUUAGCCAUCAUUGGGAAGGUAAAACUCUCUGGAGAAACAUUGCAAAUGAAACACUUAAGCUGUUGGCGCAUAUAGAUGAAUAGCACGGUAGCAGGGUAACAAACCCUAGUUCGCCCUCCCUUGGAGGCUCUGAACUUGUUACGUCGCUGGAACUUGUGACUGAAGAAUCGGUCCACAACACUUCCCUCCCCGUAAGAAAACAACUUGUCCUCAAGCUGGAAAUCCGGAUGAGACUCCUUGAAUUGCUCCAAUGGCUCCCAUGUGGCGUCAGCAUCAGACUGGCCUUGCCACUGAACCAGUAAAUCCCAUGAUGAACGGGAUGGUCUUGCGCGGAUAACAGCUGCCGGCGCAGGAACAGCUCGGCCAUGGAUGAUGGGUGAAAGAGGCACUGUAGUGGAUGGCGAGUCUCCAGUGAACUUCUUGAGGAACACCACGUGGAACACAUCAUGCAGGCGGGACUUGGGCGGGAGCUGCAGACGGUAGGCUACCGUGCCGACGCGCUGUAGGAUCUGAAACGGGUCGUAGUAGCGCGGCGAGAGCUUGGAGGAGGAAGCUCCUUUCACUGAUGCUGCUGCCCGUUGGUGGAGGCGAAGCCAGACCCACUCGCCCACCUCGAACUCAACUCGCCGAUGAGUCUUGUCGUGAUACUCCUUCAUGUAAUCCUGAGCCUGGAGCAAGCGCUCCCUGAUGUCGGCCAAGAACACGUCGCGUUCCUAGAGCUGGCGGUCCAGAGCGACCACCCUUGCCACGCCAGGCUCAUAAGACAGCAGUGUCGGAGGAGGUCUGCCAUAGACCACCUGGAACGGUGUCGUCUGGAGGGCGGACUGGUACGAUGAGUUGUAGCAAUAUUCCGCCCACGGAAGCCAACGCAGCCAGCUGCGAGGAUGAUCACCUGCGAGACAGCGAACGUAGACGCCCAAAAUACGGUUAGUAACCUCCGAUUGGCCGUCCGUCUGUGGCCGGAACGCCGAGCUGAGGCGGAGCUUGAUGCCGACAAGCGUUAAGAGCUCCGUCCACAGCUUGCUCGUGAAGACUGGGUCCCGAUCGCUCACAAUAGAGCAAGGGAGACCAUGGAGCCGUACGAUCUGGUCGAAGAAGACCCGGGCGAUGGAUGUAGCAGUGUGGGGGUGGCCGACCGCAACGAAGUGGGCGUAUUUGGAGAAGCGGUCGACGACGGUGAGGACGACGGACUUCCCUCCAACGCGUGGAAAGCCCUCGACGAAGUCCAUGGCGAUGUUGGACCAGACCGAGCUCGGGACGUCGAGGGGAUGAGGAAGACCGGCGGGGUGUAGAUGUUCGGUCUUGUUGCGCUGGCAAACCUCGCAGCCCUUGACGUAGUCGCGGACGAGACGACUUGCGUGCGGGUUGUAGAACGAGGCGCGGAGGCGGUGCAGCGUCUUUUGGGCGCCCUCAUGGCCCAGCCUGUGCGUCGUGGCGAGAAGUUGGGGCCACAGCGAAGAUGUCGACGGGACGAACACGCGGCCGCGGUGCAUGACGAAGCCGUCCACCAUGGACCAGGCGGCGCCGGCCGUGCCAUCCGCGAUCUCGCGCCGCUUGCCGACGAUAUCUUGUAGUGUGUCUGCCUCCCGUCUGAAGUCGUCGAAGAUGGCGAACUCCGGGGCGGACAGCGCUAGCGCAUGAGCACUGUCCGAGUCCUCGUCGCGGUGAGAUAGCGUAUCUGCCACCGCGUUCUGGCGACCAAGCCUGUAGAUCACAGAGAACGUAUAGCCAAAAAGCUUACUAACCCAUGUGUGCUGCGGAAUAGUCGAGAGGCACUGGUCGAGGAGAUGCUUCAAGCUGCAGUGGUCGGUUCGGAUGGUGAACGACCGCGUCCAGAGGUAUGGCCUCCAGUGGCGAACGGCCUGGACAAGGCCGAUUAGUUCCCGUUCGUACGCGGCUAGCUUGGCGUGCUGCGGCGCCACGGUGCGGCUGAAGAAGGCGAUGGGCCCUUCGCCCUGGUGGAGGACCGCGCCGAACCCGGAACCUGAGGCGUCGCAGUCGACGAAGAACUCCUUGUUGAAGUCCGGUAGCUGAAGCACAGGUGCGGACGUCAGGGCGGCCUUGAGAGCGUUGAAGGCCGCAGUGGCGUCGUCCGACCAGCGGAACGCCUCCUUCUUGAGGAGGGCGGUCAGGGGCGCCGCGAUGAUCCCGUAGUUGUGGAUGAAGCGCCGGUAGUAACCCGUGAGGCCAAGAAAGCCUCGCAGUGCUCUGAUGGUCCUGGGGAUCGGCCAUGCCUUGACAGCAUCAAUCUUUGACUCAUCCAUGGCCACGCCGGAGCCGGUGAUCACGUGCCCGAGGUAGGCGACGUUGCGCUGCGCGAAGAGGCACUUGGAACGCUUGAGCACCAAGCUGUGCUCGCGCAAGACGGUGAAGACCGCAUGCAGAUGCUGAAGGUGCUCGGCCCAUGUCUUGCUGUAGAUCAAUAUGUCGUCAAAGAAAACAAGAACACACCGGCGCAGGAAGGGCGCGGAGGUCCUCGUUCAUGAGUGCCUGAAACGUAGAUGGCGCGUUGGUGAGGCCGAAAGGCAUUACGAGGAACUCGUAAUGGCCAUGGUGAGUGCGGAACGCCGUCUUGGCGAUGUCGUCGUCGAACAUCCGCACUUGGAAGUAGCCGCUGCGCAGAUCAAGCUUGUGAAGUAUGUCGCGCCGUGGAGCUCGUCCAAAAGCUCCUCCACGACCGGAAUCGGGAACAUGUCCCGAAUGGUCUUGGCGUUCAACGCCCUGUAGUCGACGCAGAAACGCCAGGUACUGUCCUUCUUGCGCACCAAAAGGACGGGGGCGGAGAACGCCGAGGUACUUGGCCUGAUGAUGCCUUGGUCGAGCAUCUCUUGACACUGGCGUUCGAUCUCAUCCUUCAGCAGUUGGGGAUAGCGGUAUGGGCGUACCGCCACAGGUGCGUUGUCGGGGGCGAGGUGGAUCCGGUGAUCCAGAUGGCGCUGAGGGGGCAGGCCAGUCGGUUCGGCGAACAGGUCGCUGAACUCUUGCAGAAGACGUUCCAGGAGAUCCACCGUGGCCAGCGCGGACAGCUUGGGUGAUGGCGUUGCGCCGACGCCAAGCCAACGAACUCUGUGGGAGUCACGCCAGAACGUCAUGGUUUUCAACUUGAAAUCUCACAGCACCAGUCCUAGAGUGCGCAACCAUUGGCACCCCAGGACGAGCUCGUAUCCCGCCAAGGGGAUGAUGUAGAUGUCGACGCAGAAGUCUUCGCCGGCGAUGGAGAACGCCGUGUUAGGACAGAUGCCGGCGGAGGCAACGCGUUCGCCGUUAGUGACGCCGACCGUGAGGCCAGGACUCGGCGUCGGCUGGAGUCCGAGGCGCUCGGCUGUGGUGGUAGACAUGAAGCAGUGUGUCGAGCCCGAGUCGACGAGUGCGACGAGCGGCUCUUGGGACACCGUGAUGUCCAGCAGCAUGGUGUCGCCCGUGGAGAUGCCGGUCAUGGCGUGGAUGGACACUUCUGGAGAGCCGUCGGUGUCCGAGUUGGGGUCAGCUUCAUCGUCUUCCAUGUCCAUGAAGUAGAUGCCCCGCAUGGGACAUUGCUUGAGGUGCUCCUUGCUGAAUUUCGCCGGGCAGUUGAAACACAGGCCCUCGAGGCGGCGUUGGGCCAUCUCAUCUGGCGAGAGACGGCGAGGACGAGUAGAUGGUGCGGCCGGCUUGGGCAGAGUAUUUGCCGGAGCCGUAGAUGUCAAUGAGGUGGCCGCCGACUUGGUUGGACGCGCCGGGGUACGGGGGGCGUCAGUCGUGAUCUGGAGACGGCGUUCGUACGAACGCGCCAGCGCCAUGGCGUCCUCCAGUGUGGUCGGCGCAUGCAUCUCGACGUCGGUGCUCAUCGGUUGCAGCAGGCCGGCCGUGAACAGAUCAAUCUGCUGCUUUUCGGUGACGUCUUCGCAGCGGGCCAAAAGCUUGAGGAAUUGGUCGACGUACUCGUCGACAGAUCCAGUACGGCGGCAAUGGGAGAGCUCGCCGAGCGGAUUGCUGCGGAGGGGUGGCCCGAAGCGCUUCUGGACGCCGUCGAUGAACGCUUUCCACUCCGGAACGCCGUGAUUCUUCUCCCAGCGGUAGUACCACUGGCUGGCCGCACCUUGUAGGUAGAACGAGGCCGUCCAAACCUUCUGAUCCGCUGGUGUGCCGUGUGCUCGGAAGAAUUGUUCUCCCUUGUGGAUCCAAGUGAUGGGGUCUUUUGAUCCAUCGUACUUGGGGAAGCGGAGUUUGUGGACAGGUGGGGAAAGGCCGCGAUCGAAGCCGCCUCCAGAUGCGUCCUGGUCGAAGCGUCCCUGCUUGUCCAGCAAUUGCGUCUGGACGUUCUUGAUCGAGGUCGACAGAUGAGCGUAGUCCUGACGAACUGCGGAGACCUCCGUGUCAACUUUCUUGCCAAGAUCGCCCAUCAUCUUGAUCAUCUUGUCGACGGCCUCCUCAAAGACCGCCUUGGUGAUUGGCUGAUCAUCGUCUUCGGGCAUGGUGGUGGUGGUGCCGGGUGAGGGAAGCUCUGCCCGACGGCUGGCUGUGGAGUUGGCGCAGGGAAGUGUUUGGUUAGGGUUUUGCGGUGGGCUGAGGGAAGGCGCAAGAUCAAAGUCAACUGAUACCAAGAUGUUGGCGCAUAUAGAUGAAUAGCACGGUAGCAGGGUAACAAACCCUAGUUCGCCCUCCCUUGGAGGCUCUGAACUCUUUGAGGUUUAUUAUCUGCUUAAUUGUCUCAUGUGCCAGCUCCCCCUUUAUAUAGAGCCGGCCCUAACAAACCAAACUAACAAUUCUGAAUAAUACGAAUUACAGCAAAUAAAACAUAAAUGUGCCUAGCCACUAGUAGAAGCCGCCUUCUUGUUACGUCGCUGGAACUUGUGACCGAAGAAUCAGUCCACAACAUAAGCAUGUUCUUUGGAAAUGUGGUCUGUUAUGCUCGCUCUGAGCUGCCGUCAAUUUUGCCAAAUCUUGAGACUCUUGACUUAACUUCUAGUGAUGAGGAUGUCCAUACACCAAUGCUGCCUACCAAGUUCAUGUAUCUCAAGCAACUGACCAUUUCAAUUACAUCAGGAUUGACCUUUUCCCCAUCCUAUGAUUAUUUUUCUGUGGUUUCUUUCCUUGACGCAUCUCCUUCAUUAGAGAUUUUGGUCUUAGAUGUAAGUCAGCAACGUAUGGGGCAUGCAUCAGUUUUUGAAGAUUCCUCAAGUUUGAGGCAGAUUGAUGAAAGCAACUAUUGCUGCCACAAGACUCAAGAGUGUGAAGAUCUCAGGGUUUACCGCUGCAAAAAGCUUGGUUGAGCUAACGUGUCACGUCCUUAAGAAUGCAGUGUCACUUGAGUCUGUUAUAUUGGACACCCUUUAUGGUUGGAGGUGUUCUGAAGAAAAUCGUGGAAGCUGCUUGUAUAUGGGCAAUGGUAUUCUGAGGGAAGCCCCAAGAGCAGUUGAGGCUAUCAGAACAUACAUUACAAAGUUCCAGCCAGUGCUAAGUUUUCUGUUGUAGAACCUUGCAGACGGUGCCAUAAAGUUGCACGUUCGUUGCAGUUAUCAUAGCAAGAAGGCAGUUUUCAAGCUGCUUCCUGCUGAUUGAUUGUUCAUGAGAGGAUGAUCAACGUACAGAUGGAUACCGCAGUAGUGCUGUGAGCAACAAGACAAACCGCGCAGAGAAGAAGCCCACAAGAAGGAGCAAAGACAAAAACAGUGCAGAGAAGAAGCAAUUAGUGAAGAACAAGAGGAUACAAGAGAGGGCGUAGUAUUUAGCUAUUGGGGUGUAAUGUAAUACUAAGCUUUACAAUUCUUUCUAGCUUGCUUGCUUGUCUACAAGCUCAAACUUUGACUGAAUAGCUUAAUAUUUCUGUAUGCUCAUGUUGGUAAACAAGACUAUGGGUCACCA